AUGGCAGACAAGACCAUGAAGAAGCCAUAUGGCUUAGUGGAGGAUGUCAUGGUUAAAGUUGAAAACCACUACAUCUCUGCAAGCUUCAUUGUCUUGGAUGUUAGACAGGAUGAGGAUGACUGUGUCAUCCUUGGAAGACCCUUCUUAGCUAUGGCAAAAGCCUUGAUCAAUGUAGCUAAGGGAGAAAUGGUUUUCCAAUUAGGAGAGGACUACAUCUUAUUCAAGAUGUCCAAUCCUAAUUUUCCCUCCAACAAGAAAGAGACAACUGUGCAACACCUAGUGUGCCAACCCUCUCUUUCUGUGCAAAGCUUUACAGAGCCCCCAGACAUCAAUUCUAAGUUUGGUGUUGGGCAUCCCUCAACAAGCUCUAAGCACAAAGGUACAAAAAAGAAAGUACCUAAAGGUUGGAAGGACAAGAAAGUUCCUACUGAAGGCCUCUCACCUGGCAUGAGAGUUGUCUUCACUAAGAUGCCAGCCUUACCACAUACAGUGAGCUGUGUCCUAUCUUUAGAUCAUGUAGAGCUCAUUCAUGAGAGAACAUGCAGAAAAUUCACUGUUAGGGGCGAAAAUCUAAGCCCAUACUCACCUCCGUAA